AUGAUGUCGACCCUUUAUGUCAUGAAGGUCAACUGCGACGGCGUGUUGCGUCGCAUCUCCACAAAGGCAACUGCUAACUCGUUCUCUGCAAGCUGCACCGGGCUGACUAAGACAGCACUGGGACUCUCCAAGCCACUAAUGACUGGUUCUUCUUCAAGCUUGUCCUCCUCUUCGCCUGCUUCUUUCGCUACCCCGUCUGCUCUCAACAACACAGCUGCAGCAACACCCCUCUCCUCCAAGCCCCUGGUAUCUGACCCUUCGUCUGCCUUUGGCUCAUCUGCUCCGACUGUGCCUUUCCCGUUUCCGCCCAGCAACACAGCAACAGCAACAUCCCUCUCCUCCAAGCCCCUGGGUACUGGCCCUUUUUCCGCCAUUAACUCAUCUGUUCCUGCUGCAGCUUUCCCGUCUCCGCCCAGCAACACAGCAGCAGCAGCACCACUCUCCUCCAAGCCCCUGGGAACUGGGCCUUUUGCUGCUUUUGGCUCAUUUGCUCCUACUGUGGCUACCCCGGCUCAUCCCAGCAACACAGCAACAGCAACGUCCCUCUCCUCCAAGCCCCUGGGAACUGGGCCUUUUUCCGCCAUUAACUCAUCUGCUCCUGCUACAGCUUUCCCGUCUUCGCCCAGCAACACAGCAACAGCAGCGCCUCUCUUUUCCAUGCCUCCAGUCGUCACUGCUCCUCUGAGAUUUUCUAACUUCGCUCCUGGCGCAGCCUUUCAUCCCACGCAGCCCUCUGCCACACUAUGGAUUGCCAAGUAG